AUGAGGGAUUGGGACCACUUCCAGUGGGCAAAGACCUCAGACGAGGUUCCUUCCGAGCUUCCGAAGCUAGCAGGUGUCAAGCAUGGAGUGUGGCGAGGGGAACUGUUCAGAGCCAUUCUGUCGGGAUACUGCAUACAAUGUGAUCGCAACAAGCUUGACGAACCCUUGAAAAUCUUCUUCGAAACCGUUGAGUGGCAAGCCCGAAUGGCGGCAGAAAUGAACCUCAAGCUGGGAUCUGCAGCCACCGACCGAGUCCUCACACCCGAAACGACCCGUGCUAUCAAGUACCUGGAGGGUCUAGGCGUGGAGGAGACAGCUCACACGGAGCCUAAGGCGAGACGAGCCAUCCAGCGAUUCGUGGCGAGACUGAACACCGUGGCCGCCGCACAAGGCGAUCAAGAACUCGCCUUGUGGGCUGCUCAAAAGUAUGAAGCUAUGUUCCGAUGCAAGAUCAAGGUCUAA